AUGCAGUACCUGCAGUCCUCGCGGACGGUCUACACCGUCGUCGGCUCGACGCGGAACCCGAACCAGUGCCUGGUCUCCAUCCAUAACUACUCCCACCUCCGUGAGGCGAAGGCGGAGAAUGUGAUUGACCACUGGAGGGCCUUCUGCAGGGGGGAGGUCGACACAGCGGGGUUGUCGAUGCACGAUCCAGUGAACUUAUCUGCCGACGAGGAGCGCGGGAUCGCUGCAAGACAUAUUCAUUACGUCUGGGAUACCUUUCUCAAUCGCGUGCUGACGGCGCUUGAUCAAACGAUCACGGAUGAAUUAUUCGCUACGUUAAACACCAACGGGGUGGACUCGCAGUACCAGAAAGAGUAUAAUGAGUUUGAAUCUGCUUAUUGCAAGUGGGCGGCGACGUCAUCGGCGACAUUAAGUCGUGUUACCGUCGUGGAGGCAACCGAGCCGGCAUUGACGAGUUGGGCCCAGGCCCUACACGAGCUCAAACAGCAACGGAUGAUCAUGGAGGGGGUUAAAAAAGACGCCGAGAGCUCACAAAGGAUCUCCGCUGAGAUCGCAAAACAGAUGGUGGAGCAGCAGGACGCGCUUCAGGAGGUGCUUUUACAGCAAAAAGAAAAGGAAGAUGUAGAGGGUCCUGACACCAUUAUAACCUCCUCCUCUUCCUCCACGACACCGCGUCAGCAGAGAAAGCUUUCUUCUGAAAAGGACGUGAAGGUGACUCCUGUGAAGAAAAGGGUCUAUUUCCCCAAAUCACGGUAUAUUUACUCCUCCGAUAUUCUCUUAGCCAAUCACUCCGAGAAUCUUCUGAAGAAAGUCGGGCAGCUGAAGACGAAUGAUCCGAGCUGGAGGACGGGCUGCACACCGAAUUUGAUCUCGGAACUUUUUGAUCGCAACGGCGAGAUGGAUGAGCAAAUUGCACAGGAAAUUUUUGAUUCUCUCGUGCACGUCUCUUCACUCAAUCAAGGCCGGAAGAUUCUAAUGGAGGAUGAUAAAUACUUAACUGCUUCAGAGCUCACGGCGCUGCUGCUCUCAGUGGAAACAUUUGAAAAUAAGGUCCCGUCCACAGUACCUUCGAAAACUGCUGCAGAUAAAAAGUAUGGUAUUCCCGCUGCGGAUGCGGUAAAUUCCUUACCUGUUGAUAGCGCAUUAAGAAAAAUGGUUAAUAAGCACGAUAUUCUUCAGAAAGAAUUGCGCGAGAAGGUGAUGCAAGAACGUGCUGAAGAUGCUAUAUCACGCUAUGACUUCCGCGAAAAUGGACGUCUGUAUUUUGAUGAGUUUUGCCUUGCUUUAAUGAAUCUUUUUAAAACUCAAAGAUGUGUAUAA